AUUAAAUGAAUAAAAACAGAAUUUACAGUUUUUUACGCUCCUCACAAUUACAACAGGAUACCCAGUUUUAUUGAAUAUAAAUUCCUGCAUGUCUGUCAACAACGCCCCUGUUGAAGCGCGCACCACGUCACUCUGUAGUGCUGGACGGUACUGCGUGAUGACGCACCCACCCUGCGUUACGACGCUCUGCGUCGCGACGUAAACACGUGCACUUUGCUGCUUUCAGGUUACGUUUUUUCAGUCCACCGUCAUCCUCGCGCUCUAGCAUCACUCCCUGACAACAGCAGCGAUGGCGGAGCCCGUAGCAGCGGAUGCGGCGGCCACAGCGACAGCAGCAGCAGCAGCUGCAUCCCCGACCCUCUCUCCCGCAGGCAGCCCGGGCUCGGAGCCUCCAUCUAUGGCUCUGUCCCCCACGGCGGACGGCUCCCAGCGGCUGCUCUUCUCCCACGACCUGGUCUCCGGGCGGUACCGCGGCUCAGUCCGGUUUGGCCUCGUACGGAUGAUUCACGGCGAGGAGGAUUUUAACUCAGACUCGGACCUCGACGAUGGCGGUGGGAGAGGUGGUGGUGGCGGUGGAGGAGGAGGAGGAGGAGGAGGAGGUGGUGGUGGAGGUGGAGGUGGAGGACGAGUUCCGUGUGGUUCGGACACUGAAAGCGCCGUGGACACCCCGAGUCGGCCUCUUGUUAGGGGAUUUGUCCGCGUCCAGUGGUACCCUGAAGGAGGAAAGCAGGACAUCAGGGAGACAAAGCUGAAACUUGAAGAUCGAUCUAUUGUCAUUAGAGACAUCGUGCGACGAAACAAUUGUAAUGACAACCAGUGUGGUAUUGUGACCAACAUUGAUAUCGAGUGUGCCGUGAAACUGGUGGGAACGAACUGUGUUCUGUAUCCAGUUAACAGCAAAGACCUGCAGCACAUCUGGUCGUUUAUGUACGGCGAUUACAUUGCCUAUGACUUCUGGCUGGGGAAAGUGUACGACCUGACCAAUCACAUAAUCCUCAAGCUCUCCAAUGGAGCCAGGUGCUCCAUGAGUGUGGAGGACGGUGCCAAGCUUUACGACGUCUGUCCACAUGUCAGUGAUUCGGGGUUGUUCUUUGACGAGGCGUACGGUUUCUACCCAGGCCAGGUCCUGAUUGGUCCGGCAAAAGUCUUCUCUAAUGUUCAGUGGCUGUCAGGGGUCAAACCCGUCCUCAGCCGGAAGUGCAAGUUCAGGGUUGUGGUAGAAGAGGUAAAAGUGGUAGAGCUGAAGGUGACGUGGAUCACCAAGAGCUACUCUCCCAAAGGUUCAGACAGCGUCUAUCCUCCUCCUUCCACCAUCACACAGGAAAAUCUCUGCAGGGUGAGGCGUCUGGGAUACUACGACCACACCCAGAGGCAGCUAGGAGAGAGGGCCCUAUAUGUUUUCCCUGCUAAGGGGGAUGCCACACGCAUCACCUGUGAAGGACCCGAGGGUGCCCCUGUCCUGCCCGAAGACCCCGUAGCCAGAAAGUUGAAAAGGAUGUUCAAGAAGGAUUCGGGGAAGAAGAUGGAGAAUGCUGAUGCACAAGGCGAGCACAAAUCAGAGCAGACGGACUCGUCUCAUCCCAGCAACAACAACAACGGACCUGUGGUUCCCAUCCAGAACCCUCCGGACGCGCACAACACCAACGACACCUCAGCUGAACACGGGGAGCAGGACGCCGACGACGAGGCUGCCGAAGACACUGACGACACCAGCUCUCUGACGUCAUCGGCCAGCUCCACAGCCUCUUCUCAGAGCGGCGGUCUGGGAGCCAACCGGAAGAAGAGCAUCCCGCUCUCCAUCCGCAACCUGAAGAGGAAGCAUAAGAAGAAGAGGACCAAGUUUUCCCGCGAGUUCAAGCCUGGAGACCGGGUUGCAGUGGAAGUUGUAUCCACAAAGACCACGGCUGAUGUGAUGUGGAAGGACGGGCGGGUGGAGAAGGGGAUCCGAUCAAAUGACCUCAUCCCCAUCCAGCACCUCGACAGCCAUGAGUUUUGUCCUGGGGACUUCGUAGUGGACAAACGACCCCAAGCCCUGCAGGACCCGGGAGUAUAUGGUGUGAUCCAGUCUGGUGAUCACAAGGGCAGAACAUGUGUCGUUAAGUGGAUCAAACUCAACUCCUCCAGUGAGGAUGUGGAGGUUAUCGGCAUUGAGGAGGAUGUCAGCGUGUACGACAUCGCAGAUCACCCAGAUUUCCACUUCCGCACCACCGACAUUGUCAUCAGAAUAUGGAACUCAGAGAACGGACAGAACGAUUGCGAAAAUGAGACGUCAGUCGGCCAGGUGUCCAGGGUGGAUGUGAGCAGCAAAGUGGAGGUGGUAUGGGCAGAUAACUCCAUGACCAUCGUCCUGCCACAGCACCUGUACAACGUGGAGUCUGAGAUCGAGGAGACCGACUACGACUCGGUGGAGGAGACGAGCAGCGUCCUGUCCACUGAGGAGUGGGAGGACGAGAGCGACAGCUGGGAGACGGAUAACGGCCUCACCACUGAGGAUGACAGCCACAUCAACAAUGCAGAUGCCACCGACACAGCAACGCCGACCCCCACCCCCACCGGCUCCACGACGUUCAUCAUCCCCCCUCAAGAGGGUAGCAAAGUUGGGGUCACCAGCCCCACUAAAGCGGUCCCUGGAGAGGAGGGAGAGGCGUCCGUAGCUGCGGCCAGUCCUGGAGGAGGAACCACUCCAGGAGCAGUCAACGGAGCGGAGAAGCCCAGUAAAGACGGUGCCCCUCGAGGCUUCAGGGAGUUGAAAGAGGCCUUGAAGAUCCUGGAGAGUCUGAAGAACAUGACUGUGGAGCAGCUGUGGACUGGCUAUUCUCCAACCUCCCCGACCUCUGCCGAACCAGCUUCCACGACUCACGUAGCGGCUUCGGUGGCACCCACGGCCCCCGAGAAACCCACCAAGGAGAAACGCUUCCUGGACGACAUCAAGAAGCUGCAGGAGAACCUGAGGAAGACGUUGGACAAUGUGGCCAUUGUGGAGGAGGAGAAGAUGGAGGCUGUGGUGGAGGCAGGGGGAGGUGCAGGAGCUGGGACAGAGGCAGAGAGAGCUGGAGAGGAAAAGCCUCAGCAGGAGCCACAGACACCGGUGGGUGGACAAGAAUGGCCCAGUGAGUUUCUCAGCGACACACCAGUGCUGUGCCAACAGAGUGGAGGCAAGCCUGGCGUCACCUUCACCAGUGCCAAAGGAGAAGUGUUCUCUGUGCUGGAGUGGGCACCAGACACACACUCAUUCAAGAAAAUGGAGUUUCAGCCAGCGGAGGCAAAGAAGUUCUUCAGCACAGUGAGGAAGGAAAUGGCUCUGCUAGCGACAUCACUGCCGGACGGCAUCAUGGUGAAAACCUUUGAAGACCGCAUGGACCUGUUCUCAGCUCUGAUCAAAGGGCCGACUCGUACGCCGUACGAGGACGGCCUGUUCCUGUUUGACAUCCAGCUGCCCAACAUCUAUCCAGCUGUGCCUCCUCUGUUCCGCUACCUGUCGCAGUGCAGCGGCCGCCUCAACCCCAACCUGUACGACAACGGCAAGGUGUGCGUCAGUCUGCUGGGCACCUGGAUUGGCAAGGGUACUGAGAGAUGGACCAGCAAGUCCAGUCUGCUGCAAGUCCUCAUCUCCAUACAAGGCCUUAUCCUCGUCAAUGAGCCUUACUAUAACGAGGCUGGCUUCGACAGCGAUCGAGGCCUACAGGAAGGAUACGAGAACAGCCGCUGCUAUAAUGAGAUGGCCCUGAUCAAGAUGGUCCAGUCUAUGACUCAGCUCCUCCAGAAUCCCGUGGAGGUCUUCAGACAGGAGAUCCAGGAGCACUUUGUCUCUAACGGCUGGCGGCUCGUCCACCGCCUGGAUGUGUGGCUCGAGCUGAACGAUGCUGCUGAGCGGGGUCAGGCAGCGCACAUGUCCUCCAGGGCUCAGCACUUGAAGGCUUCAUCUGUGGAGCCUCUGGACGAGCAGCUGCCCCUGGGCUCUGGCAGCCCCAGUAAGCCUGGGGAGGAGGGGGUCACCGGAGCAGGAGUUACCAGUAUUAUGGAAGAGGAGCUGGAGGAUUCAGGGCUGAGUCCCUCCACUACAGUGGACACUCAGCAGGAGCUGAGCCAGAAUGCAGACUGCGACAGCACCCAGGGAAACGCUCCCACACUCCCUGGCUCUGUGGUCCGCGGCGGGACGUCAGAAUCAGGUUCAGUCACAGUUAGCCAGCAGGUGGUGCGACCAAAGAAACGGAGAAAGAGCUACCGGAGUUUCCUCCCAGAGGGCAGCGGCUACCCGGACAUCGGCUUUCCCCUCUUCCCGCUCUCUAAGGGGUUUGUGAAGAGCGUCCGAGGUGUACUGCUGCAGUACCGAGCUGCGCUAGCCGCCGCUGGCAUCACUGAGCACUCAGAGGACAAGUAAGUGCCUCCUCACCGUUCCCCAACACACCUCUGUUCCCUGCUCCUUUACUCCUUCUCUUCUACCUUUUCAUCUGCCCGAUCACAAGCUGUAGAGGAGGAUCCAUUACCUGUUGUCUGUUGGGAGCAACAAUUUCCAAUCUUGUGUCCAGAGCUGUGCCCCCAGCAUUGCCCACAUUUCUUAGUAUGUACUGCUCCUGCUGCCCCAAACCCCACAUUGUUCUGCCCCCCCCCCCCCCCCCCCCCCCCCGGCCCCUCGCAACCCCCUCUCGAUCAAACCACGACUGCAGGAGAGCAGCACCUUCUCAUCAGGAGAGUGAGCGGGUUCUGGUUUGGAUGCUACUUCAUAAUGUGUUUGUUCUCUCUCAGUGUCUCUGCCGAUGAGUGCGAUGAAUAAAGAGGGGUGGACUUCACAUACCACCGCAAACCUUUGGGAGCUACUGCGUCACACGGGAACCCUCAUCUGUUAACGGACGCAGGUAAACACAUAGAGCUUUUACUGGAGGCAGUCAAAGCUUCUUUUGGCCUCAGCAGGACUUUGACUUCAGUGAAGGGGGGGGCGUGGAUGCGAAAAGGACUGUAUGAGAUGCUAAAUCAGUGCAAUUAACCCUCUCCCACCCUCCUCAUCCACCUAGCCUCCAGCAGCAUCGACCAUAUGGGUGGGGGGGAUUUGCUGGGUAGCCAUUCCACCGUCUCAAUCAGCCUGUAAAGCAGACUCGUGACCAGCGCUAAAUUUCAGACGAGGUCAAAGACGGCUGGAAAAACCGCAAGGCCCAAGCUCUCCUGGCUGCUGGGUCAUCUGCGGCUAUCUGUAGCACUACUGAUAUUAUCGCUGUACCAUCCUGCACUACAACAAACGAAUGGACAAUCUGGUCUGGGAGAGGUGACGCUGUAGGAAUACCAGGAGGAUUCUUUUGAAAUAGAAAUCACUGGUUGUAUGCUUUCUGCCAAAUUCUCUCUACACACACACACACACACACACACACACACACACACACACACACACACACACACAAAUAUUCAAGUAGAACAUACUGAAUGUCAGUAAAACUGCCAACCACAUCAGCUUCGCCACUUCUUCCAUUACAUUUGCUGGUGUUUUCCUUCGCCAGUCGCUCGUUCCGAACCACGCAGCAAACGUCGAGUGACAAAGUUUACAUACGAACCUCUGGUGGUCAGACUGCUGUAGCUGUUAGGUGUGUAGAGAAGGCAGCCAGGCACAGGACGACAGUCGAAGCUCAAGCUGUCGCCUCUACGUAAAUGAAACUUGCGAUUUGGUGUUUUGAUGUAUUUGAGGUUGUUUUGCUCGCCAGAGGCUGAAUUAUAGGUUUCAGAGUAAAGCUUUAGCCGCACUGCUUCACUUUUUCCGCGGCGGAGGUGAAACCACAUCACUGCAAAUGACACAAUUUAAAUAAUAAAUAAAAGUAGAAAAAAACGCACACAGCAUCCAUUCCGUCAUCUCAUGUCAACAUGUUGCCUUACUUGAACUGUUCUUAAUGAUCUCAGACCAUGGUGUACAGAGCUGCUUGUGUCAUGCUUUAGACAUUAACCUUACACAGACCUAGACACACACUUAAAAACCACUAAAACCAUGUUCCAGUGUUUUCCUCUUUUUAAAAGUGCAGAUCUCUGAUCAGUUUCCUGCUUGAGUCUCUCACACUGCAGCCAUCUCGCUGUAUUCUGAUUUGCCUCUCCAAAUUGCAUGUGCAGAGUUUAAUUAAACAUCAGAAUACAAACUACAGUAUUUGUGAUGAUGAAGGUUUGUUAAUAUUAGAAUUAAAUUGCUUGAUUGUUAUUAUUUUCUAUCAUUAUUUUUUCCCCCACUCGAGCGUCUUACCCCACGAAGGCGACUGCCGACCCCACUGAUGCAGAUUACAACACGCUGAUAUGACUGUUGUCCGUGAUCAUCUUUCUCCACACGGCAUAUAUUGAAUCUGGUUUUAUUUACCAAGUUACCAACAAACAGAAACUGUGCUGUAAUUAACUGUGAAUGAAAGUGAAAAUCACCUUUGGGUCCAAUCGUGCUUCCUGGGGAAAUCAGAGCAGUCUUUUGUUUACGUCCUUUUUAAAUAACUGUCUCCCACCUCUUAACAUAAUGCUCUUUAUUUCUUUCACGAUAUUGUAAUUCUCAUUGUAAUAAUAAUAAUUAUAAAACUAAAUGAUAUGGCUGUCUGGUAUUUUACCUGAACAAAGAACCUUGAUGCUGAAGAGUGUUUCUGAAUGAGAGAGCACACUGUGCCAUGAUCAAGAAGGAUCUUAAGAAAUACUGAAAGAUCUUUUGAGGAUCGUCUGAGCCGAUCCGAGGCCUCUGAGGAGCCGGUGGACAAGCGCAGGUCCAUGAAGGACUACGGUUGCUACAGGCAACUGAAGAGCAGGCGCCACAAGCUCACAGGAGGAGUGGACGCUGAGGAGCUGGACAGCAAUGUAGACGACUGGGAGGAGGAGACCAUUGAGUUGUGUUUUUAUCAACGAAGAAAUCAUUCCCCUUGGAGAUCUGAUUCUUGGCUCACGAUUUCUAUCGUGAGCCAAGAGUUGCUGCGUUUUUAUAAAGACUUAAAAAUAGAGGGGAAUGAGGGUACAUUGUUUUGCUUCGUCUUCCAUUUUUUUUUUCCCUCCUGUGACUCUUAAAACUGGCAUUCCUGUACCAGAUGUGGCAAUCAGGCGCCCGUGACAUUUUGUCUUAUUACUGGAUUUUACUUCACCUUCAAUAUUCCGCUGCCUUUAAUGCGGCAGGGGAGGAUGUGUUGUCUUCUUCACUGGCUGCUGUAGCAUUUAGCUUUAUUUGCUUUCCUGUCUCCGUUUUCUUUUUCUGUUUUUGUUUCUGGCCUCCACAUGUUGCUGCUGUUUGUGAAAUGUCACCUUCACAAUUCUUGGUCAGAGCUCAAGUCUGAAGGCAUAAAAAGCAUUGAGCCAUGGGUACAGAGUUGUGGAAAAGGUCACACACACUUAAAACAUAGCUUCGCCGAAGAGUUGAGAGGUGAUAUUGUUGCACCAUCUUCCUCAUUUGUCGACAGUCGCUGAAACAGAAAAUGUGAAGCUAUCUCGCUAGAUCACAAAGCAAAAAAUCUGGCAGGGUAUCAAGCACUUGAUGUGCAAUUUUCUGUGUGCAUAUUAUUCAGAUUCAAACCAUUAUUAUUAUUAUUAUUACUGCGAGAUGUUUGUUUUACAGCCAAAGCAUGUAACAUGUUGCUUUAAGCCUUUUUGAAUGGGCUACACACAAGACUUGACUGUACGAUGUCUACAUUUCCACAGUGGCCUGUUGUUGAUAUAUUUAAAAAAAAAUAAUAAAUAAACUAAUAAAGUUAUGAUUUGUAGCCUGAUUCCCUCUGUACAGAUGUCAUGACUAUAUUGAAAUAUAUAAAUACAUACAGAAUAUAUUUAACACACAAACCUGAGUUCUAAUGUCACGUGGAUGCUUGGGGCAUAUAUGUACAAAAUGCUGAGUGUGUGUUGUACUUAAGAUUAAAAUUUUUAUUGGUUUACUUUUGUUGCGUUAAGACGACUGUAUAGUGAUGUAUUAAACUUUGCAAGCAGUA